AUGGAGGCCGAUCAAAGCUUGGAUGUGUCUACACAUUUCUAUUCACUCUCUAAACUGGAGGACAGAGGGUUAAAUGAAGGUGAACUUGAGACUUUGUUUGUUACGGAUAGAGCACAGUUACCACUCAGUAAGCUCUUUGAAGAGGCUGAAUUUCUCUUGAUAAAAGAAUGUCGUCUCAAAUGGGACAUUUGGACAUUACAAAAAUAUCUUUCCUUAGGGAUUAUACCCAGGGGACUACGCAUAGCUAAGUUCCCUACCUUUCCUGUUGAGGAUAUAGAAUUUAUCACUGCAUGGAAUGACAUAUUGACAGAAUGUUCGAUACGUUUGAUAAAUAUGCUUAUAGAGUAUAAGAGAAAGUUAUUACAAAAUAUAACAGUUGAAAUUGAAUUAUUACAGUCAGAAUUAAGCAUACGCAGUACAUGUGUCAAAUACUCACAAUAUGACAUUAUUUUGAAAAGUACCUUGGAUGAGGCUAAAAAUAAUAUUAUGGGCAUUAAGCAUGAGAAAUAUCUCAGGGAUCAGAGUGAUUAUGACAACAAUAAAGUCUAUAUCUGGAACAGGAAGCAAAGAUCACAUGCACAUAGAUUUAAAAAAGAUAAUAGACUUAGAUCUCAGGGACAAGGGGGUCAGAAGGGACACUCCACACUCAAAAAAGUCACUUUCUCUGAUAGUGAGGUAGAGUCACAAGAAGACUACAAUACUGGUGCCUCUUCAGGUGACGAGAAUAUACAAACACCCACAGUCGCCUCGAAUAAAACCAGAGCCACAGUUUCAGCCCCAGUACUGCCCAAUACAGGUAGCAGGGGAAGAGAAUGUUGUGAUGUGGUGAACUUGGAGUCACUAGAUAGAGAGAACUACUGUGGUGAUAUGAAUUCUGCCCACACCAGUACCAUUGGUCCCAGAUUCAGAGGUGCAUCCAAAUUUUACCCUAUUCAGUCGAGGGGACCUAUCCUGGAAAAAUUCCAGCGAAGAAUUGAGGAGGAUUUAAAUAAAUUAGCAUACACCUCUGGAUAUGGAGCUAAUGGUAAUCUCAGUGUUAAGGAGAGGAAAGCACUCAAAGCUUUAAGUGAGAAUAAAAAUUUGGUGGUGAGGGCAGCGGACAAGGGGGGAUCUGUUGUUUUAAUGGAUAGGGCAUCCUUUAUCAAAGAGGCCCUACGACAGCUUAAUGACCCCAAACAAUAUACCGAACUGGAUUUCAACCCCACACUAAGGUUCCAAAGAGAACUUUCACACCUAAUUGAUGAUGGGAUGGAAGGGGGGUUUUUUGAUGAAGGUUUGGAAGCCAUAGCCUUCUUUCUAAGAAGAUCUACCAAAUAUAAUGAUGAUUUCAUUAAAUUUGUUGUCAGGUUUAGUAGGCAAUAUUAUCAGGUGUGCAAUAUUGUACGCAAGCACAUGACAUUGCUGAAGGCUGAUGAUGAGCUCGCUCACAUUGCCACACAAAAAGUGAGUUUUCUCCUAGUCUUCAGUUGCUUGAUCUUAUCAGUGUUUUCCACUAUCCCUGAGCAUCAGGAUCAUGCCUCAUAUUGCCUCUUUGUUCUGGAAUUUGUCAUGAUUGUUGUGUUUGGAAUGGAAUAUAUUUUUCGUAUUUGGUCUGCUGGUUGCUGCUGUCGCUACAGAGGAUGGCAAGGAAGAUUAAGGUUUGCAAGGAAGCCAUUCUGUGUCAUAGAUAUCAUAGUCCUUAUUGCAUCUGUAGCAGUUGUUUCUGCUGGAACUCAGGGUAACAUUUUCGCAACAUCAGCACUUCGAAGUCUUCGAUUCCUACAGAUUCUUCGCAUGGUGCGCAUGGAUAGGAGAGGGGGGACAUGGAAAUUACUAGGGUCUGUUGUUUAUGCACAUAGCAAGGAACUCAUUACUGCCUGGUAUAUAGGAUUUUUGGUUCUCAUCUUUUCAUCUUUCCUUGUCUAUCUUGUGGAGAAAGAAGCUAACAAACAGUUUUCAACAUAUGCAGAUGCUUUAUGGUGGGGUACGAUCACACUAACAACUAUUGGCUAUGGGGACAAAACUCCUCAAACUUGGCUUGGGAGGCUUCUUUCAGCAGGAUUCGCUCUACUUGGAAUUUCUUUCUUUGCAUUACCUGCAGGCAUACUUGGCUCAGGAUUCGCUUUAAAAGUUCAAGAACAACAUCGACAGAAGCAUUUCGAGAAAAGAAGAAAUCCUGCAGCUAGUUUAAUUCAGGCUACGUGGCGGUUUUAUUCUACUGAUUCCAGUCGAACAUACCUGACAGCCACCUGGCGAUAUUAUGAAAGUAUUCUUCCACCUCUCAGGAAAGAACAAGGCGAGACAACUGGCAGUAAGCUUUGUAGUAAUAAACAGAAGCUCUUCAGGAUGUACUCCUCUCGGAAACCUAGUCAGAAAUUAAGCUUUAAGGAGCGUGUACGUUUGGCAAGCCCAAGAGGACAAAGCAUAAAGGGUCGACAAACAUCAGUUGGAGACCGCCGCUCACCAAGCACUGAUAUUGGUGCUGAAGGAAGCCCAACUAAAGUUCAAAAAAGUUGGAGCUUUAAUGAUAGGACACGCUUUCGACCUUCUCUCAGACUGAAGAGUUCUCAACCAAAACCAGCAAUUGAUGCUGACAUCAUCCUUGGAACUGAGGAAGCACAUGAUGAAAAAGGGUGUCAUUGCGAUGUAUCAGUUGAAGAUCUAACUCCGGCUCUUAAAACUGUCAUUCGAGCAAUUAGGAUCAUGAAAUUCCAUGUAGCCAAGAGAAAAUUUAAAGAGACAUUACGUCCAUAUGAUGUAAAAGAUGUAAUUGAACAGUAUUCUGCAGGCCAUCUGGAUAUGUUGUGCAGAAUAAAGAGCCUUCAAACACGCGUUGACCAAAUUCUUGGAAAAGGCCAAAUUACAACAGAUAAGAAGAGUCGUGAAAAGAAUCUUUCUGAAAUUGAGACAGCAGACGAUCUCAGUAUGCUGGGUCGAGUAGUGAAAGUUGAAAAGCAGGUACAGUCCAUCGAGUCAAAACUAGACAGCCUACUUGAUAUCUACCAACAGGUCUUAAAGAAGGGAUCUGCCUCAGCACUGACUUUGGCCUCUUUUCAGAUGCCACUUUUUGAAUGUGAACAAACUUCAGAUUAUCAAAGUCCAAUAGACAGCAAAGAUUUAUCCAGUUCUGCACAAAACAGUGGAUUGAUAACAAGAUCAGCUAGUGCCAACAUCCCUCGUGGGCUACAGUUUGUACUAACACCAAAUGAAUUUACUGCUCCUGCUUACUAUGCCUUUAAUCCACCAACAAAUAGUCAAGCUAUUCAAGCAUCUACAAAUCCAAGUGAUGGACCUCUAACUUUGAUAACCAACAGUAUACCAAACCAAAUAAGCCAGGCCUCAAAGCCAACAGCACCAACAACAUUACAGAUACCACCAGCACCAUCCCUGAAACAAGGCUACAGGCCAGAGCCUAUACACAUAAUUCCUGUGACUAUAAAAGAAGAUAUUUGUGAUGUCACCUCCUGCCUUGUUGCCUCAAAGGAAAAUGAACAGUCUGCACAACCUAAUUUAACUAAAAAUUUUGUAAGAAGGAAAAGCCUUGAUGCAGACACUGGGGUGUUGUCAUCAACUCCAUUUAUUAACAAAGAUUUUGGAAAAUCAAUUUCUGUACAAAAUCUAAUUCAGUCAACAGAAGAACUAAACACACAAUUUUCAUGCAGUGACUCAAGUGUCUCUAGAGGCAGCCAAGAAUUUUAUCCAGGUUGGAGGGAGUCCAAACUGUUUAUAGCAGAUGAAGAGCUAGAGACAGAAACUGAGACUUUAGAUGUUGUCUCUCAACCUAAGGUGGAAACCACACUAUUAUCGGACUCUUUGAGGACUGGAAUAGCAAGAUCAUCUCAGAGUGUUUCCAAAACUGGGGAUGGUACAGAAACAUUUAGCUCUCCUAAUGUUAAACACAAAUGACACGUUGAUUUUGUCAUAUUUUUAACAGUUAUUUUAGUCAUACAUAUCAUUGCAUGAACUAUUUUGAAAGCCCUUAAAAAAAGUUAAACAAUACAAGAAUCAGGAAGAAAUUGAAAGGGAGUUUAAUGAGCCAAUAACUUCUAGUUGCAUGAAAAUGCAUGUUUAAGUGAAGGCUACAAUUUCAGAUGUAUAUUGUAUCUUGGAAUACCGUAUAACACGGUAUUAUUAGUUUAAACACUGACUCAUUUACAAAGUUGAUACUCCAACUCAAAUUAAUUAAAAGUAACUACAAUAGUAAACAAGUAGUUUUACGGUACAUACAGUAAAAAUUGAGGCACUUUGAAUUCAGAUAUAAAUUCUGUCCAAAUUUGAUUCAUGUUUACAACCAAAAAAAAAAAAUGUUACAGCUGCUAGCAAGAAAACAUGAAGAGUAGUAACAUUGGAUUUGAAUGGCUGCUAGUUGCAAGUUAUAUACAUUUACUCAUUUAAGUCAGUUAUUUUAAUACUUACAUUAUAUGAAUGUUAAUUUCUGUAUAUUUUGUGUGAAUUAGUGCUAUGACAAAAAAAAUAAAAGAAUGGCACUUCACUUUCAGGUUGUUCUUUAUAAUAAGAACAUUCUUUUGCUAAAAGGAUUGAUUACACAUCCUAAAACGUCACUGCAGUCUUAACUAUAGCUAAUUGCUGUAAACUGUAUUGUGAAGGACUUGAACUGUUUACUAUGAAAAAAAAAUCUGCCUCCAUUUUUUUUUUAAAAGUAUUCUUGGAUGUUAAAUGAUAGCCUUUUUAUUUGAACGUACUAAUAUACUGUAUAGUGUACAUAUGAUGUCCAUGUCUCUAAAACUUACUGCAGGGACAUCACUUCGGAGAAAACAAAUGAGGACUGCUAUAAUUUUGCUUAUUUCGCUUUUAAUUUUAAUUUUUUUUUAAUGGCAUUAGCCUGACAUUUUAGCCCAUUUGUAAAGUAUGUUCCAAAUCAGGGUUAGAGGGAGUAUCUCCUUCUCUACCUCCUGAAAUAAUGCCCCUGAUUUACAGACACAUAGCUAUGUUUAUGCUCUAUGAAGUUCAAAUAAUUAAUUUUGAAAAAUGUCUGAAGCACAAAUAGGUAAUCACUGUUUGCCAUUUCAUGUAUCUACAUUCAACUGUUUAUAUGAUUAUGAAAACGUUGUAUUCUCAACAUCUCAGCUCAUAUUACGAAAUAAUUUAUUUUGAAUGUCUACAUUUGUUAAGCCAAAUCUUUCUGUAAUUUGAAAGUAUUGUGCAAUGUAUGUAUCUAUAUAGUUUUUUUUAUUAUUUUUUAAAAUACUGCUUCACGUGCCUUUUUCAUUGUAUGUCAUAUCUUACAGAUCUGCAUUUUGGUUAUUUUAUUGAUACUGGGUAUGAUUUUUUAAACAAAAACAAAACAAUCUUUCAAUUAUUUUGUUUCCCUCUUUCAUUAGACUAAAAAAGGUAAGAUUAAAUGAUUUUACUGAUAAUUUAUCACACUUAUGUUGGUAUACUGUAUUUGCCUUAAUGAAAUGCUUGAGAGCUUGAAAUUUCUUAGUUUUAACUUAAUUUAUUUAAUAAAAUAUUGUGCACAUUA